AUGCGCUGUGGUAUUUUUGCCUACGUGAAUUACCUGGUCGAAAAGGACCGUCAGUAUAUCAUUGACGUGCUGGUGAAUGCACUGUCGCGUCUUGAGUACCGAGGAUAUGACAGUGCUGGACUCACUGUGGACGGCGACCGCGAGAAAGAGGUGUUGCUUUUCAAGCAAGUUGGAAAGGUGCAUGCGCUCCGUAAGCACAUUGCCGAGUCAUCGGUGGACAUGGACCGGACGUUUGUGUCACAUGCCGGUAUGGCUCACACACGUUGGGCCACUCACGGAUCACCAUCACCCCUCAACUGCCACCCUCAUAAGAGUGAUCCAAAGGGCGAAUUUACAGUCGUGCACAACGGCAUUAUCACGAACUUCCGUGAGCUGAAGCUUGUGCUCGAGAAGCGCGGUUACACGUUCGAGACAGACACGGACACAGAGGCUGUGGCUGUGUUGGUCAAGUACUUCUGGGACAGCUAUCCGGAGAAUCGCAAGCCUGACUUCCACACUGUAGUCCGCUGUGCCGUAAAAGAACUCGAGGGAGCUUUCUCGUUCGUGUUCAAGUCUGUUUACUUCCCCGGUGAAAUCGUCGUGGCUCGCCGUGGUUCGCCCUUGUUGAUUGGCGUGAAGACGGAGAAAAAGCUCAAGGUGGACUCUGUUGACGUGCAGUUGGGUAAUCAAGUUGAGGGUGACUAUGCGAAUGUGCCAAACUUGCACUCUGCACCGAACUUUGACCAGCCGGGUGCCCCACAGCCUGCAGCGCCCGGCAGCAUUGACAAAUUGAUCCGUUCCCAGUCGCGUGCGUUCCUGUCUGAAGACGGCAUGCCGCAGCCUAUCGAGUACUUUAUUGCGUCAGAUGCUUCGGCAGUGGUCGAACACACAAAGAGAGUGCUGUACCUCGAAGACGACGACAUUGCGCAUAUCGCAGAUGGCGAGCUGCACAUCCACCGCCUGCGCCGCAACGACGGUCUCUCAUCCACACGAUCUAUUGAGACUCUAGAAAUGGAGCUUGCUGAAAUCAUGAAGGGCCAGUUCGAUCACUUUAUGCAGAAAGAGAUCUACGAGCAGCCGGAGUCGGUGGUAAACACGAUGCGUGGUCGUGUGAACUUUGACACGCGCCAAGUUAGGCUCGGUGGUUUGGUUGCGUAUUUGAAUGUGAUCCGCCGCUGCCGUCGUAUUGUGUUUAUUGCAUGUGGUACGAGUUAUCACUCGUGCUUAGCGACACGGGCGAUCUUUGAAGAGCUGACGGAGAUCCCUGUAUCAGUCGAGCUGGCCUCAGACUUUCUCGACCGUAAGUCGCCGAUCUUCCGUGACGAUGUGUGUGUGUUUGUGUCACAAUCGGGAGAAACUGCCGAUACGAUCCUUGCGAUGCGAUACUGUUUAGGCCGUGGCGCUCUGUGUCUGGGUGUCGUAAACACGGUGGGAAGCACGAUCUCGCGCGAGACGCACUGUGGUGUCCACAUCAAUGCAGGCCCUGAGAUUGGCGUGGCGUCGACCAAGGCAUAUACGUCGCAAUACAUUGCGCUGAUCAUGAUGGCUGUGCAUCUCUCCGAAGACCGCCUUUCGAAAAUGGGCCGUCGUCACGAAAUUAUCGAUGGCUUGCAUGCGCUCCCGGAUCAAAUUCGGACAGUGCUGUCUUGCGACAAACAAUACCAGGAUCUCGCAUACAAUAUCCUUGUGAACGAGAAGUCGCUUCUUAUCAUGGGCCGUGGCUACCAACAUGCCACGUGUCUUGAAGGCGCACUCAAGAUCAAAGAAGUGUGCUAUAUGCAUUCGGAGGGUAUUCUCGCUGGUGAACUGAAGCAUGGUCCGCUAGCUCUCAUUGACGAAGCCAUGGCCGUGAUCCUCAUCAUGACCAAGGACUCUCUGUACCCGAAAGUGCAGACUGCCUUGAGCCAAGUCUCGGCACGGAAUGGCCGCCCGAUCAUCAUUUGUAACGAAGACGACAACAAUGUCCCCAAUGACGCGCGUGCUAUCCGCGUCCCGCUUUCUGUCGACUGCCUGCAAGGCCUCUUGACUGUCGUGCCAUUGCAACUUCUCUCCUACCACCUCGCUACAGCGAACGGCGUUGACGUGGACUUCCCCCGCAACCUCGCCAAGAGUGUUACGGUGGAGUAA